GAGCCAAACGGAAUGACACCGACGACUGUGCACGUGUGAGUGCGCGCUUCCGCCGCAGGUGUGUGAGCGAGAUCACUCUCGCCCGGUUCGCUCACACCCACGGACAACUGGCUGCAGUGCAAACCCCCUCGCUCGCUGACGAUGUGUUGGUGCACCAUCGCGCUGCUCUCGUACAUAUGUAAGAUACAGAUGAAGUCGGAGUUGAAUUGAAAAUGAAAUGGAAAUGAAAAUACAACCCACCUAUUUUUGUUUCAUUUCAAUGUUAUACGAUUAAGUGAUUCGUUCUCUAAUAUAUAUUUUUAAAACUGUUAUUUAUUAUUCGUGUGACUGCGGCGACGGUUUCUCGUGUGUUUCUCGGUGCUCCGCUCGUUGCACAGUGCGGUCCGUCGUUAGUACAGAAGAAGUGUGUUUUGCAGCUUGUGAGGUGCAGCCUGGUGUGUGGUGUCUCUGCUGCCCUGCUGCUGAUGAGUGGUGUGUAGUGCAGUGCAAAACGCACAAAACCAAUUCGAUUAUACCGCCGCAGUACUUUUGCACCUUGUGCCAAGGCAAGCAAGGCCCCCCUCGGUAAAAGAAAUCGCCACAAGAAAGAAGUGACCGCGCGGUGUCCGGAUUCGGUUUCUGGGAGUCGGGUUUGCGGUGCCGCAAAUUAAAAGAGGGGGAAAUAAACUCCCGAAAACAGUUAGAGAUUUCAGUCGUACAAUUGGCAUCCGCGCGCCUACACUCGAACCGAAGGUGACUCGAUGGGUUCCCGAUGCGUUCGGAGUGUGCUGUGAAUGAGAACCGAAAAUUGGCGGAAAAGUGAUGAGGAAAAAUGAAUUAAGGUGUGACGGUGAUUUUUGAUCGGCUAGUUGUUUUCCUGUGUUUUAUGGUGCGAUGGGAAAGAAAUAAUUACUGGUGCAAACUGAAAAGGUGCUAUCGAUUUUUUCAACCUCAGUCAAGAUGAAAAAUCGGCAGAAAAUAUGAGAAAAAAGUAGUGAGUAGUGUGAGAAAAUCAGAUGAUUGAUGCUACUUGUUAGGAUAGUGUGAAAUAGUGAUUGAAGUUUUUUUCGGUGCCUCAAGAUUAUUGACCACUCCGAAAAAGUGUUGCGUGUACGCAAAGAUAUUAUGGACAGUGCAAUGGAUUCGGCAUCGACGGCCAGUGAUCACAGCAUAGCGUCAUCUAACGACUCUCGUGGACGCAAUCUGUCUUCUCCUGCGAUGCCCCAUACGCACAACGGUGGCAGCCAUGUCAUGGACAAAACGCGGACUCCAACCCCGGUCAGUCCGGUGCACAACAGUCACAACUCGAGCCUGAAUCAUGGUUCCGUGCGACAGAUGACCUCUAGUCCUUUGGGAGCGACGCCGCAGCAGAUGAUGGGCAUGCCACAUCCGUUGAGUCCUCCGCAUGUGUCGACUCCGACCUCGAUGGGAAUGGUCGGAAUGCCUCCUCGGAUGGCCGGCAAUCUGACGCACAUUCCACCACAUGGACUCGGACUGCUGAACUCCUUUAUGCACCAUGCCAGCCCGCUGGAUCUGAUGGCCGCUGCUCAUCAUCAUGUCCCUCCCCGGUCAUACAAUAGCCCGCCGCCGAUAUCCAGUUCCGACCCAACGGCCAACGAGUGCAAACUGGUCGACUACCGAGGCCAAAAAGUGGCUGCCUUCAUCAUCCAGGGCGAAACGAUGCUGUGUCUUCCGCAAGCUUUCGAGCUGUUCCUGAAGCAUCUGGUGGGUGGUCUGCAUACGGUGUACACCAAGUUGAAGCGGCUGGACAUCGUUCCGCUGGUGUGCAACGUGGAACAGGUGCGGAUAUUGCGAGGACUGGGCGCCAUCCAGCCAGGAGUCAACCGGUGCAAGUUGCUGGCCUGCAAGGACUUUGACGUCCUGUACCGCGACUGUACCACCGCCAGAUGCUUAUCGAUAAAACCACCUGAGAGUAACUCUCUGCUAUCGCACAGCUCUAGGCCUGGCAGACCACCGAAACGAGGCCCCGUGGGACUUUCGAUGCCGGCGUCGCACAUGUCGCACCACGCCGCGGCCGCCGCCGCCGCCGCCUCGCAGAUCAAAAAGCACCGGCUGGACAACGGCGAGUUCGUCUACGAGAACGGACAUCUGAACGGAUUAACCAAUGGAAACAAGCAUGAUUUCUACCUUAUCUCAACUGGAUCCUCAGAUAUCUCCCGGUUGGACAAGUCACCCCUGCUAGCCAACGGAUACAACGCUCCCCCGACGCACUUGAAUCACAUUCCGUUCAUGCAAAUGAAUCCUCAUCCGGGCGGCGCCCACCCGCUGAUGAGCCCCGGUGUGAACCCGCACGGAAUCCCACGGCCGGACGGGUCAAUCAUCAAGGGCCAGAACAUCCCGGGAAUGGAGGCUAUCGCGAGAGCUGCAUACGAGGACAUCGUCAAGCACCUGGAGCGAUUACGUGAGGAGCGAGGUGACGACAGGACAGCCGGUCUCGAUCAGAAACCACGAGAUCUCAGUUCCCAGAGUGCGCCCCCGCCAGACUCCCCGAACGGUGCCAGCCCGGUGCUGAAUCUGUCCAAAUCCGGCGGCGAUCAGACCAGCGGUGGCGCCCCCAGUGAGCGAAGCAAUCAAAACUCGCCCGAACCCUCGGUGCACGAGGAGGACGAAAACAUCAGCGAAGCCAACAUAUCGGACACCGAGGAGCCGAACGAGAAGGAAGAAGACAUCAGUGACUGCGAGCGGGACAUCUCGUCACCUGUUCCGGCCACGGUUGCGGUUUCGCAGGACAUGGAAAGCCGUCAGCAGGCGGCCCUCAACUAUUCCAGCUUGGCGGCGACAGCGGCGGCCGUGGCUGUUGGCAAUGUGCCGACGGCACAGGACCCAACGCUUUCGUCGACGGAGACCCUGCUACGGAACAUCCAGGGACUGCUCAAGGUGGCCGCCGACAAUGCACGGCAACAGGAGCGGCAGACGACCUACGAGAAGGCCGAACUGAAGAUGGACGUAAUUCGAGAGCGCGAAGUCAAAGAUUCCCUGGAACGCCAGUUGGCCGACGAAAAGCGACUCCGAGGGCUUUAUCAGAAACGAUUCAAGAAGGAGCGUCGAUUGCGAGUUCAGCUGAAAGAGCGAUUAGAUGCCGAGCGGAAGCGUCGAACCCAGCUAGAAGAGAUUAUCAAAGCCUCCGGAGCACCAGCCGAAGCGUUGCGGAUUAUCGCAGAAAAUAUCAACAACGACCAGCAGCGCGAGAAAGAACGGGAACGGGAAGCGGAGCGGGAGCGGGAGAAGGAGCGCGAAAAGGAACGCGAACGGGACAAGCACCGCGACAAGGGCCGUGAAGAUCGGGAACGGAACGAUUCGGACCGAAUGCGAGAUCGAGACUCCGAUAGGGAGGAGCGGAGUCGAGAGCGGCACGAACGGGAACGGGACCGCGAGCGGGGUUCCUCGGUGGAGCGGUUUUCCAAGGAGGGCAGUCCGGUGGCUUCGCGAGGGGCUAGUCAGGAGGUGUCGCCACCGCAGCCACAGGUCCCGGAGGGUAAACCGUGGAACUACCCGGGGCUGGACAUCAUGGCGACCGGGGCGUUCUGGCAGAACUAUUCCGAAUCGCUCGCCCAGGAGCUGGAACUGGAGCGCAAGGUGCGACAGCAGGCGGCCGAGGGCGAUGUCAAAGGGCCACUCCAAGAUCGUUCCAAUUACUACAAAAACUCCGUACUGUACAGCAGUGCCACUUAGUUCCAGCAAUUAGGGCUAAUCUUUUCAUUGCUCUCGACAUCAGCAGCAACAGCACUCGUUCUUCUUCUACUCCUCUCGCCGCAGCAGCAGCAGCAGGCCAUGACGUCGUCGUUGUCGAAGGUGUUGGCGUCAUGGCCCACUCCGACGACGCUGGGAAACCUGUAUGUGCAAUUAUACCACUAAGAGCAACUCCGGACGAGCGAACAAACGGCACUGAGUGAUUAGUAGAUAUCAGUACGAGACAGUUGGUGAAACGACAACAGCAUUUCCGAGGCUCUAGUUUUAAUUAGACGGCUUUUGAUUGGAAGCUAGGCGAGCGAUUUAUACGAAGCGACAAAUGAACAAAAGAGAACAUUCGAACUGAAAUCAAGAUUGGGUAAUGAUAGAUGAAACUGUAUUUAUUGUACUUCUUAAAUGAUUGACUUAUUUGAAAAGCAGGAAACGAAACAUGACAGAUGAAAAGUAGAAAAAAAAAAACAGACGUGAAAAUUCAAUUCUAUCAGCUAUCAAAAGUCUUUGACAGAUCUUUUGUCUUGAAAUGGAUACGAAGAAUCAAUUAAAACUGUAGGCAGAGCCCUCUUCAUUCUAUUGGUCAUUGAAAAGACAAAAGUUUGUGUCAGGCUUUCGAAAGUUGAAUCAAAUUCAGCAGUUACAAAAUUAUUCACUCUUAGACUAGACCUGGAUCUCAAAACAAUAUCGAAUUGCACACUGCAAAAACCGUAACCAGUUUUGUACAACUUUCGUUAAACAAAUUGCAAUUUUUAAUAAUUUAUUUUAGGAACAAUAAAGUGUGAGUGAUGUUUAGUACAACCGAUUUAGCACAAAUGUAUUCAGUUGCGCCACGCCUACGAUAACGUAUGGUAAAGUGUAACGGCACGACGUAACUCUUGAUUUCUUAUUUCUUCGACUAUCUGAUUGGAAAAGUCAAACUUUUUUAAUGAAAUUAUGCCGUACUGUAAAGAAAAUCCGUAAUACUACUGUAAACUCGUACUUAAGAUAAUGUGAAUAGUUUCGUGUUUUUAUGAAAGGAAUCUAAAUUAUAGACAAGUAAGUCUACUUACGUAUAAACUGAUAAAAUGAGAAUAUGAAAAAACAUACACUUAUAAUCAGACAAACGUCAUGGAAGUACUUAGUAUUUUUCCGGGUUAGUUUCUUCCAGAUAAAUCUAUGUUUAUAAUCAAGCAUUAGAAAAUACAACCAAGUGAUAGUGAUCGUUAGCAUAAACCAUCUCGGGAAAGAAACCUUUUAGUUUAUCAUCGGUAACACUGCUGUAUUAGUUCGUGUUUUACUCUAGCCUAGGUAGCCUUAUUUGAAAUCCUAAUUUUGUACAAAGAUUAAUCAAAUGUCGAGCACAAACACAUACACUCACAUGCAGACAGACAUACUGAAGGCACACAAUCACUCCCCGCAUACAAAGAUCAUAAUAGACCCGUUUCCACAUUUUUAUAUAUUUCCCCUCCGCAUUUAUAUGUCAAAAACCAAAACAGCAACCAAGCGCAAACAAAUCGACGUGUCGACUUUGACUUUUAUUUAUUUUUCUCGUAUUUUAAAGUAUUGUUAGUGAAACAACAGAAAUCAAUCGCUAUUUAUCAAGCAUACUGUAUCUAUAUAAACAUUACAAAUAAAAUGAUCGUAAAUGGAACAUUUAAUUCAUCGUAGAGCAAAAGUGGUUGGUGGUGAAAAAAGCAAAAAAAAAAAAACAAACGAAAAAAUCAACAAUGAUCAGACACAAAACCAGACCCGGUGACACGUUAAAUUAUUCGCAACGAAUAAUUUCUGUUUUUCUAUGUAUGUAAGGGCUUAUUGUUAAUGGUGAGGAAAAUAAAAGAAAAACACAUGAAAUCAACUGGUAAUCAAACAGCAGAGGCAACAAUGCAGCGCGUUUUCAAACACACACACACACAGACAAGCAUUAUAAACAAAUAAAAAAGCAACAUCCAGCAUUACAGAGGGAAAACCGUAGCUCCCCUUUUCCUUCCCAGGGUGGGGUGUCGGUUACACAUUUUUUAAUUGAUGGAUUGGUACCGAUGCAAAUAAUUCACAAUAGCAGAAAGAAAAACAAAGCUACGCGGCAAAUCAACAAAAACUGACAGAAUCAAAUAUAAAUGAUUAUCAACAACAACAACAAGCUGUAAAAUGAAAUGCUCUGUGCUAUUUAGAAAGGUCAAAUAAAAUACCAAAAUAUAU